GUCAAUUCCUCUCAAGCUCGCAUAAACUUGUUCAGCUGCUUCGAACCAUGUUUUGUGGAACUGGUAACCUCAAACACAUUGAUCAUGAGGAUACAAACACAAGUGCAGUUCCUGUGUCGUCGUCGCCGCUGCCGCCAGUAGUGAAGGGAUCCAGGAAGAAGGCCAACAAGAACCCCUACUCGACGAGAGGGCUCGACAAGUUCUCGACGGUGUUAUCGGAGCUAGAGUCCAAGAAGGAGAAGAUCAUGUCGAAGGCCGGGUCACGGGGCGUCGCAAUGGUGCGGUUCGCCUACUCGAGCUCGCACGACAGCUGGGUUCCGAUCGUCGUGAGGAUAAGAGAUUGCAAAGAGAGGGACAAGAAGAAGGUGUCGGAGACCGUCGGUGAGGCGUCGGCGGCGAUCGGAGAGGAGAAAAUGGUAUUGGAUAAGGAGGAGGAGGGGGAGAGGGUGGUGAAGAAGAGCUUCUCUUGGGGAAGAUAUUAUUGGCCUAUGGUGGUGGUGUUGAUACUGGUUUGUUUAGUGUUGUAUGGAAGAGUUUUUGCUAUAUGUUGCACUACUGUAUUGUGGUAUUUGGUGCCAGGUACUAUGAAGAAAAAGGACUAUGGAAAGAGAGUUGUUGAGGGCAAGAAGCUGAUGAUGGUGGAUGCAGAUAAGUGAAUUGUAGUUCACACUUGAAAGCAAUUGUAAAUAGAAUGAGAAGGAAGGGUCAUGAGAAUAAAGAUGCCUCUUUCUUUUGUUUUCUUUUGAUUUUCUUGCUCAUUAAUUUGCUACAAGAAGAUUGUCAAUAUGUGUAAAUUUAGCUGUGCAUAUGUAUGUAUGUAUGUAUGUCCAAGUUGAAAUUGACUGGGAAUCAGGCUUUAAGAUCA